CACGAAUCAUAAAAUUGUCGAUACAUUUGAAGAAUCACAUCAGAAAGUGUAUAAAGAUUGAUAGAAGAAAUAUUAAAAUGAACAAACUUUCAUUCACUACGAUAUUUUUGACAACAGUCCUAUUUUGCUCCAUGUACUGCGAAUCAUUGAGUGUUGAACAAUUUAUUACCAAUAAUUCUUGCUACAUUCAUUCUACAAGAUAUGACUACGAUGGAUUCGUUCCAGUAACAUUGAAUUGGAUUCGUUGCCCUAGUAAUGUAUACCCUUCGAUGUUUGUACGAGCGAAGUGUUUUUCUCGAUGUAAAAAUCCUGUUACUGGCAAUGACCUCAGCACACAACUGUACACAACUAAAGAAGUCAAAUACGCAAUGAGAUUUGAAGUUCGAAAAAGCAAUAGGGUUGAAACUGAGACUAUCACAUCAGUGCAGACUUGCAGAUGUGUGAGAAGAUAAUAUGUCUACAUAUUUGAGCAAGAACCAAUGGAUUGAUUAAACAGCAAAUACCAUUAAAAUAUAUUGCAUGCAUUUAACACAUAUCAUUGUUUAUAAAAAAAAAAAAUUUUGAAUAAUUUUUACUAACAAAAAUGUUCGUUCAGUUUGAUGUUUUUCAAUUAUUCGCAAGGCAAAUAAGCAAUUGUUGUAGUAGAUUGACCAAUUUUCAAUUUUUUC